UGUGUUGUGGCAACAGAUGAAACAGGAUGAGGACCACUUAGACCCAAAAAUGACCUUGCUAAAGAGAGGCAAUUAUACCUGUAAGCAGGCAGACCAAGCUGGGCGAGUUCCUCAGGUCCUCACAUUCAGCACUGGAGGAGACCCACUCUCACCUCCAGGGUGGAUGUUCGAGCAGUGAGGACUGGGUCAGCCCAGCCGCAGCCACACAGUAAGUCACAGGCACAGCUGGGCCUCCAGCCAGAACUCCUGGCUCUUGGCACCCUGGAGACCCUCCUUCUCCACACAAAAGUAGACUGGAUUUGGGGCGGCGCCUGUGGCUCAGUCAGUAAGGCGCCAGCCCCAUAUACCAAGGGUGACAGGUUCAAACCCGGCCCCGGCCAAACUGCAAACCAAAAAAAAAAAUAGCCGGGCGUUGUGGCGGGCGCCUGUAGUCCCAGCUACUCAGGAGGCUGAGGCAAGAGAAUCGCUUAAGCCCAGGAGUUGGAGGUUGUUGUGAGCUGUGUGAGGCCACGGCACUCUACCGAGGGCCAUAAAGUGAGACUCUGUCUCUACAAAAAAAAAAAGAAAGUAGACUGGAUUUGAACGGAUGCUCACAAGGACUGGUGAGAGUUUGUUUUUUUGUUUUUCUUUUUUGUUUGUUUGUUUUUUUGUUUUGGCUGGAGCUGGGUUUGAACCCACCACCUCUGGCAUAUGGGGCCAGCACCUUACUUCUUUGAGCCACAGGCGCUGCCUGACUGGUGAGAGUUUGAUGCUGGGCUUGGGGGGUGUGGCAUCAUGCCACAAGUGCUGGAGCCCAGGGCAUCUCCUGAGACACAAGUGUCCCCUGCUGGCCCUCCUGGGCACUGGCUGGCCUGUGAGUGGCCCAGAUGUGGCUCUCACACCAUGUUGCCCCCAUCAAGUGCUCAGUGAGUCAGCACAUACUUCUGGGAACCUGAUCUGGUCGCCACAGCCAGGGAAAGCAGGCCCCCAGGACCCUGAAACACUAUCUGGGCCCUCAGCCUGUGAGGCCAAGGACAAGAGCUAUAGCGGGUUCCCACCCCCAGUGAUGGCAGCUUCCCCUGAAAGUUACUGAGUAGACAUUUAGGGCUUCCCUGGACAGCCUUGGGAACAGGGGUGACUCAGCUCACGGAAGCUGUGACGCAUGACAGCUGGGUGGAACCACCACAGCAGCGUGCUGCCUCUCAGAGAGAACCUGGGUAUGUGGGUGCAAGGACACUUGCCAACAGGGCACAGGGGCUGAGAGGCCAGGGUCGGGGACAGGCUUGGGAGAUGAGGAGAUGUCACUGUUGGAAGAACAGCUGGGCCAGAUGGUGUCAGGCCAAGGGAAAACCCAUGCAAAGGCCAGGGGCAGGAAGGAGCUUGGGGUCUUCUUAGAGGCCCAUGUGGGUGGCCAGUGGUGGUCCAGGUGCUGGGGGACACAGAGGACUGGAAAUCUGGGAAUGUUGGGCCAAGAGGCAUUUCUUGGGGGCCCCUCAAAGCCAGAGGGAAACCAAGUCAGGAGGGGGCCGCCAAGAUCUUCGUUUUCAGACAUGGUUUUGGCCACAGUCCAAAACCACGGGGCAUCAUGGGGCAUGGAUGAGGUGGGGCAGGAUGGCUCUCUCCAUCCUUAUGCUGGACAUCCAGUGACUCUCUGGGCCCUUGCCCCCACACACUUGUGAGCCAGGUGUCACAUAAACCCAGGUUGCAGCUGACCCUGCCUGUUCUCUGGGGAGCACUAGAAGGGGGUACAGCCCCAAAGGCCUCACCCACCAUAGGUCAAGUCUCAGCAGCAAGGGACCUCUGAACCUGCCAUCACCUCUAAGAGGUUCAGAGCAAGGGGGAAGGGUCAGCUUGGUGGGUAUUCGUCACUUUUGAGUUGGGUAGGAGCCCAAUGGGGUCAGGCAGAGGGGAUGACCACAUGGGCACCCCGGCCUACAGACAGGGAUGGGGCAGCUCUACAGGCGCGGCUGUUCCACCAGCUUGGGGUGUGGGCUUCUGGGUCCCAAAGGCCCCCCAAAGGGCCAGGUGUGGCGGCUUGCACCUGUAAUCCUAGCACUCUAGGAGGCCCAGGUGGGUGGACUGACUGAGCUCACAGAUUCGAGAUCAGCCUGAGCAAAAGCAAGACCCCGCCUCUAAAAAUAUCCAGGUGCUGGGGCAGAUGCCUGUAGUCCCAGCUACUCGGGAGGCUGAGGCAAGAGAAUCACUUGAGACCAAGAGUUUGAGGUUGCUAUGAGCUGUGACACCACGGCAGUCUACUGAGGAUGACAAUGUGAGGCUCUGUCUUUAAAAAAAAGGUCCCCAAAGGUGGGGCAGGAAUCAGGAUGGGAUGGGCGCCUGGGUCAGAGGACAGCCCUCUGUGAGCCCAGCCCUCAUUUGCUGGGAAUGAGGUCACAGGCAAAGUGGCCACAGAGAUAUCCUCUGAGUCCUGCCCAGCAUCCUUUUAGAAAAAUCAGUAGGUAGUUCCGCUUCUCCGCUCUCUCCCUUAGGUCACGUGGGGACGGGAAUCGGGAAGGCAUAGUGCUCCUUUAUUAGCUCCAUGCGCCAUGUUUUCAGGCUGGAUCUGUCUUAGGCUUACCCUCUAAGGAAAUGGCCUGGGAGCCCCAGGAAACCCAGACGCCGUCGCUUCUGCGGAGCCCGGGCUGAGGAGGCAGGGCAGCGGGGUAAAUCUGAGCGUUCUGCGCGAGGUAGAGAGGUCAUGGCGUCCGGCAGUAACUGGCUGUCCGGGGUGAAUGUCGUGCUGGUGAUGGCCUACGGGAGCCUGUGUAUUCUGGGUUUUGACUCCUACGUCAGGCGUAGCUGUGAACUUAACUCUCCCACCCUGCCCCCGCGAGAGCCCUCCCCCUGAAUCCUUGGGGCAGACCCCAGACCUCCCUGCUGCUGCUUCCCUGACCCGCACCGGUCUUGGCCACCUUGCUGCUUUGCCCCAAGUUUUAUCCCGAAAGCAUCCCCGAGAGCUUCAAUCUGGGGAUUUGGAAUGAAGGACUCGAAAGAGGAGAUUGAUAUUCGACUAUCCAGGGUUCAGGAUAUCAAGUAUGAACCCCAACUCCUUGGAAAUGAUGAUGUUAGGCUGCUGCAAUUGGAGACCCAGGGAAAUCAGAAUUGCUACAACUAUCUGUACAGGAUGAAAGCUCUGGAUGCCAUUCGUGCCUCAGAGAUCCCGCUUUGUGCUGAUGGCUGGCAUCCUCGUUCCUUAAUGUGCAAGAAUUUCUGCUCCUACUUGCUAGAUCUACGAAACACUAGUACUCCCUUCAAGGGUGUGCGCAAAGCCCUCAUUGAUACCCUGCUAGAUGGCUAUGAAACAGCCCGUUAUGGGACAGGGGUCUUCGGUCAGAAUGAAUACCUGCGCUAUCAGGAAGCCCUGAAUGAGCUGGCCACUGUGGUCAAAGCACGAAUUGGGAGCUCUCAGGGACAACACCAAUCAGCAGUCAAAGACCUAACUCAAUCCCCUGAAGUCUCCCCAACAACCAUCCAGGUGACAUACCUCCCCUCCAGUCAGAAGAGUAAACGUGCCAAACACUUCCUCGAAUUGAAGAGCUUUAAAGAUAACUAUAACACCUUGGAAAGUACUUUGUGAUGGAACUGAAGGACUCUCACUGCAGACUGGAACAGACAGCUGGAGUGUGCCAGACAGGCUACUUGCUAGAAGCCCUCAGGACAGCUGGCUCAGCAGACCCAAUCUAUAUCAUCAGCUGAGGCUCCCAUUGUGUCCAGAGUUCUUAGACCUUUUGGCUAGACAGUCAUUCCCAAUUCCAUACAGGCAUUUUUGUAUCACUGGCUAAGACUUUAUAGCAUUUUUUUUCUGGAUUUGAAUUCAGAUGUUACUCUCCAUGUUUCUGUCUAAGCCUCCUUAAAAAUCCUCACUAGGGGGGCAGCUCCUGUAGCUCAGAGGAGUACGGCGCUGGCCCCAUAUGCCAGGUGGUAGGUUCAAACCCAGCCCCUGCCAAAACUGCUAAAAAAUAAAUAAAUUCUCACUAGGUUUUAGCCAUAGUUCACAUACCAAUAGGUGAAAGUUGGAGUGGGGUGCUUUCUCUGUCUACCCCUUCAUCCAUGGUUAAAUGGAAACUGUUUGGGAGUUAGGGUAUCUCAGGUUUGAUCGGUAAAAAAGGCAGAAGAAUGGGCGGCACCUGUGGCUCAGUCGGUAAGGCGCCAGCCCCAUAUACCGAGGGUGGCGGGUUCAAACCCGGCCCCGGCCAAACUGCAACCAAAAAAUAGCCGGGCGUUGUGGCG